AUGGACAAACUCAAGGACAUCUUCUCGCCCGGCCACAAGCAGGACGCUGACAUGCUCUACGGCUCUCAGCAGUCUGCCGAUCCGUCUUCCCGCACUUCCAAGGACGGCAGGCUUUCCGCCGAGGGCAGCCAGUCUGGCCGCUCCAAAGAUAACACCACCGAAGCCGCCUCAUCAGGACUCCCCAGCGUAAGCUCCACCAAGGGCCACGGUAGAAGUGAUACAAUGGACCUGCGCGAAGCCGCCUCCACUGCGCCAGGUACUGCAGCCGAUAGGGGCCAAGGUUUCGCGACGGAAUCGUCGGGCCCCGGUGAUUCCCGGUACGGAAGGGAGGAGUCAGCUGCCGCAGCAACAAGCUCGCUACCGGAUCGAACCACUGGUGGCGUUCACUCUACCCCUGCGACCGAGAGUGAAACUAGCCACAGACAACACAAUCUGCACCCCGGAGGUGUCAAUUAUGCGGAGCAGCGUUACGACAGCAGCGCGGCUCACAACCCAACACCAACGCGAUUCUCCACUAGCAGCGGACUGGAACCUGUCGGAGGCGUGUCUCGCAGUUCAGAGCACGGCCAGGGCAUCGUGGGCGCUCAGCCAACCACAGGUAAUCUCCGACCAUCCGAAUUCGCCAGCAGGGACGACAUUUCUGUAGCGAGUAUCAGAUCUGGCGUCAUUGGCGACACUCCCCAUGCCAAAGAGCUAACUGAUUCCGACCUGCCAACAGCCAAGACCGAUCACACCUCGAGCGCGGGUCGUGGUGUUGGUCCAGGCGCUGCUGUCGCCGCCGCCGGCACGGCUGCGGCGCUGGGCUCCAACACGGAGAGGAGCUCCGACACUGAUCGUUCAUUUCCACUCUCCGGAGGCACUUACACCGAUACUUCUGGAGCACGGAAUGACUACACAAGCCCUAACGAGCCCUCUGCCAUUGGAAGUGCUUCUGAGACAUCUACCACUGGCAUGACCCAUGGAACCCAUGGAUCUGAAGAAGCCCGUAGGGCAGCCGCGGCAGCCGCAGGUUCUACUCCUUUUGACAUGCACAAACACCAAGGAAAUUAUCACGAGUACCAAGGUCCCAAUACCGACGCCACCAAAAGCGGACCUACAUUCAGUCCUGGCCCGCAUGCCACUGAGGCGGGUAACAUGCUAGAUCCUAGCCUGACCAGCUCCAGAAUGCCAGGAGCUUAUCCUGAUUCAGCUUCUGCAACUCCGGCCACCGAAGAACCGCCAAGCACUACCACUGGACCUUCAUCCCACGGGCACCACUAUGGACGUGAUGCAGCUAUUGCUGGGGCCGGGGCUGCUACAGCUGGGGGCUUGUAUGAGGGGCGCUCCAGAGGAACUACCGAAUCUGACCCAGCAAGGGAAGCGGACGCAACUCACCGUGACUCUACUCAAGACCAUGGGCGUGACCCAGCUACUGCUGGUGCUAAGGCUGCCGCAGCUGGAAGCCUGUAUGAAGGGCGUCCCCAGGACAAUACUGGCAUGUAUCCGCCAGUGGAAGGGGACAGAAAUCUUCAGAUCUCCUCUCAGGAUUACGGAAGGGAUCCUGCUACAGCUGGGGCCACCGCGGCGGCGGCCAGAAGCCCGCACGGAGCACAGUCUCAGACCGCCAGUGAUGCGCCAGGCCAGGAACAUCACUACGGACGCGAUGCCGCCAUUGCGGGAGCUGGUGCUACGGCUGCUGCGGGUCUUUACGAGACACGCAGAAAGGGGUCCACGGAUACAGAUCCAGCGACCUUGACGCAUGGCCCUCACAAGAGUAACGUGGCGAACAUUCUGGAUCCACGAGUUCUUCCCGAUCCCAACAAGAUGAAAGGUCACCAAGCCCAGUCUACCGAGACGGAUCCUGCCUCGAGGACUGUUGGUCCUCAUUCCAGCAACAUUGCUAACGUAGUGGAUCCAAGAGUCUUACCCCAGCCGGAAAAGAUGAAGCAGCACACGACAGUCGGCCCCCAUCAGUCUGAUACCCUUAACCGUAUGGACCGAAAAGUCGACUCCGACCCCUCCAGUGAGGCGAAUCAGCACCACUACGGACGCGAUGCUGCCAUUGCGGGCGGUCUUGGUGCAGGUGCAGCCGGUGCUUAUGCGGCCUCCCAACAUCAACAUGAGAAGAACCCAUACACGUCUCAGGCAGUAGACCCAAGGAUCCACAGCAGCGCAGCUGGGGCAGAUGCACCUGCCAGGUCAUCCUCGACUAAGGGAGGUUGGUUCGCAGGCCCAGCGGGCUCCGCUGUUGACGCAAACAAGAAUGCGCCCACAACGUCCACGGGUACGACAGUCUCUUCUGCAGCCCAACCCGGUCAGCAGCACCACUACGGACGUGAUGCUGCCAUGGCUGGUGGUGCUGGUCUGGCAGGUGCCGGUAUCGCUCAUCAGUAUGGCGAGCACAAGUCUGACCGUGCCGCUCCGGACCAUGUGCCUGGUACUACUAGCACUUCGGGGCCUUAUUCCUCGACCAACACUCAGCCAACCAGCUCUAUCCCUCGAGCAACCCAGCAACCACAGACUACCUCCACAACUCAGCCCACGAGCCAACAUCACUACGGACGUGAUGCCGCCUUGGCGGGUGGUGCUGGAGCGGCAGGUCUCGGGGUUCAUGAGCAUCAAAAGCGAGAGGCUGAGAAAGCGGAGCGGCAACAACCCUACAGCUCUGCUGAUCCUACGAGGGACCCCGCCAGUUCCGAGCAGAAGCAUCACUAUGGCAGAGACGCUGCGGUUGCGGGCACCGCCGGUGCGGCAGGUGCCGGUGCUGCGCAUGAGUUCAGCAAACAUGAUGCUGAGAAGGCUGAGAAGGAGCAUCUCAAGGAACAAAAAGAAUUCGAGAAGGAGCAAGAGAAGGAGGCGAAAAAGCAUCAGAAAGAAUUGGACAAGGAGCAGGCAAAGGACGACAAGAAGUACCAGAAGGAGUUGGCGAAGGAUGAGAAGAAGCACGAAAAGGAGCUUCAGCAUGAAGAGAAGAAGCAUGAGAAGGAGCUUGAGAAGGAAGAAAAGAAGAAGCACCAUGGUGGUAUCUUCGGCUUCCUCCAUCGUGACAAAGACAAGGAUGAGGAUAAGUCGUCCGACGAUGAGGAUAAGCGCCAUCGACAUGAAGUUGAGGCUGGUGCCGUUGCGGCUGGCGGUGCUGGUGCUGCUGCCUAUGAGCACGAGGAAGGGAAGCACGAGCGCAAUAGGCUCCACAAGGACCCGCCUGCGGACUACGUAAGGGGUCAUGGUGGAGAGCACUAUGGCACCGACGGCCGCAUUGGAGAAGCCGGCGCGGUUUCCGGCACUCAUGAAACCCGUCCCGGCGAGUACGGCACCGCAAGGCCUGGAGAUCAAGAGGGCAUCGUCAUCGAACCGCACACCGGCCUACCAAUGAACGUUGGCAAGUACGGCUCCGGCGCUGGUGGUACCGAUGGCAACGAGACCAUUGGGGGCUUCCAUAGCCACGGUGCUGGUUCGGGCGUUUCUGGGUCCAAUGUCGCUUCUCAAGGCAGUGCUCAUGGCGGCAACAUUGGUCCUGAUUGGGACAACAUCAAGAAAGCCAACACGCCUUACUAA